AUGGUAUGCAGGUACCUUUGGAGACGGAGUGAUCAAGGUAAUCGUGAUACCGUCGUGGUCCGAAAGACCAACUGGUAUGUAAGCGAUUUGACGUAUAUUUUUCCGGACGGUUGCAGAGCCAAAAAAGAGAUCGAUUCGACUAUGGAUUUUAUGACAUCCGCUAUGGUAUGAAUAAACGAUUGAAUGCGGAUGCUUGGAACGGAAUAAUUCUGUCAAACAUAAAGGCUGCAAAAAUUCACGAUUAAGUAACGUAUAAGAACGCUGAUCUGUUUGUUGUCCCCAAAGAUUACGGUCUCUUUUAAGAUCUGGCACGCAAUUAAAAUCACCCCCGAUCAGAAUCCAUUGAGACGACGGUAUAAGCAGACGGAGCUCCUUGAAAAAAUCGAGUCGUUCAUUAAGUUGAGCCGGAGCAUAAAUACUAACAAGGGCCAUUGAACAGCUGUUGAUAAUGACUUUCACCGAGGCUACGCGGCCAAUAUGAUCGAUUCCUGAAUCUACUAAUUCAAUCUUCUUCUUAACCAUCACCAUAGUUCCGCCAGCAGCCCAUGUACCAAGGCUACAUAUAAUAUUGUAAUCUUGGAAAUUUUCCUUGAAAUAUAACAGUUGACUUGAAGUCGUCAUAUGUAAUUCUUGAAGUAACACUACAUCCUGAGGGUUUGCAUCCAACCAUCCGC